UGGCGAACGAAAAUACGAUCGGUCCACCAUUUGUUUAUUGUAGUAUCACGUGUGUUUUGUUAAUGUUUUAAAAUUCAUGGAUUGAAGUAAAUAGAGAUGGCUCUAUUGAAUCCUGAACCUGGCAAAGAACAUUUGAACGCCCAGAAGGAUGUGGUCCUUCAGGAAUUAAGGACUUUUUUGAAUGGUGCCACUCAUUCGGCUAAAGUUCGUAAUGUUGAUGUGGCUCGAUCUGCUAUUUAUUUACUUAAAACUCUACCGGCGGCUCGAGAUGCCGUAUUGGAACAUAUGUAUAACCUGUUUGACGAGACUGUCAACAGUUACGUGUUAAAGUAUGAACUGGAGGAUCGUUUAGUAGAUUCUUUAGCAGAUGAUGAUGUAGUGGAAGAGAUACACGGAGUUUUGUCUCAGUUUAUUAGUAAUGGACCGGAUUAUUGGGCUUCUAUCAUAUCUUCUUGGGCCUUAGACCUUUUAGGUUAUUUGAGUAGUAAAUAUGCAGAUAAAUGUGUAGCGCAACAUGCUUCCAACUUACCUAAAGUGCUACAAUUUUGGAUGGCUUGUAAGCCCACCAGAGUUCUUAUUGAGAUGACUACCCAGUGUUUGUCUACUGUCAUUGGCAGCAAUCCGGAUAUGUGUAUUGAUGCGUUGUUGGAAACUUCGGUGCAACAUUCUCCUCAUUUUGAUUGGGUAGUUGCACAUAUCGGUUCGUGUUUUCCUACUACUGUCGUAACUAGAGUUCUUGCUUGUGGUCUAAAAGCAUUUUGCCUACCUCAGGAUGCUGUUGAUGAUUCUUCUGGUUCUGGAAAACAUGUUUCAAAGAUAGCAUCUGUUGUUGGAAUCUUGGGCCAUCUAGCUGCACAUCACAGCGAUGAUAUCAGAAAGGCUCUUCUCUCAUUAUUUCAUGAAAGUUUUUCUGACAAUCCUACUAAAGAACAACUUGCUACGGUUCCAUUUUUAUUGCAUCUGGCAUCAAUGUCAGAAAUGCUGUCACAUGUUAUUACUUCAGAAUUUGUAACAGUGGUAACACCAGAAUUGCUACAGAAAUUAUCUUUGCAAGUUAAUCAAUGGAAAUCCUCUCAAAUUCCUGGCACAGGAGGACUAAUACAAUUAAUCUUACAUUUGCUAUUAAAAAGUAAUGAAGGAAGUAAAGUAAUUAAAUGUUUGUUGAAAAUAGUUACCACUAUGGAUUCCAGCAAUCCUAUUAAUAAAACAAUUCAAGAUGCUGCAGGAUGGAUCUUGGAUUCCAUACUUCUAGAGAUUCAACAUAGAGUUCAUGCUGAUUGUUCAGACAUCCCAAUACUUCAGUCAUUUAAAAUACAUAUUUCAGAUUUUAGCAGUUGUUUGAAAGAAAAUUCAGGAUGCACUGCCAACUGGAUUUUAAACAUAUUAAAAUUUGUAUGCAUUCAUGGAGGGGAUAAAACUAGUAUUGAUAUUUUGGGUCAUCUUUUGUGUACAAUUUCUGAAGUAACUUAUAUCAAACAACUUUUAGCACAUGUGGAAUUAACGCAUCCUCAGGUAUUAUACAUAACAGUUUCUAACCAGAUGGCUGAGUUAAAAUGUUCUCGAAUAAAAGAACCUGUUCAAUUAAUUAAGAAUUUCAUUAAUUUGAUUAAAUUAGAAGAAGGAAGUAAACAAAUCAUUGAGGCAAUUCAACCAAGUAUGGAAAUUUUAGCUGGGCAGGUGAUGUCUGUUGAUUGUGAAUAUGCUGAUGUUGUAAUUGAAUUACUUUCAUUAACAGUGGUUCCUGAAAGUAUGAAUAUGUCUUCUUUACUUAGAGUGAGUUUUUCUGUGGUAGGCUACUUUUUUAAACUACUGUCAAAACAAGAUAUUGAUAGAAAGUUAAUAAUGCUUCAAAUAUGCCAAAAUUUGCUAACUAAUUUAUGUCAACAAACAGCUACUCAAAACAUGAUCUUGAGGACUUUAUUAGAAACUGCUUUAGAUGAUAACAAUACAUUAUUUGCUUCAAAAUGCUUUCCAAAUUUGAAAGACAAAAAAUCAACAUGGGAAUGUUCUCUUCUUGCUGAGAAUAGACAAUAUAGUACUUCAAUCACUCUACCACAAAAUCAUUCUUCUGUUUUUCAUACUGGUAUUAUUGGUUAUGGAUUAAGGCCAACAUCAAAAUUGAAUGCAGCUUCUAGAAAUGAAACUGUUCUUAACAGACAAGUCCUUCUGAAUACAAUUCAAGCUUGCUGCAUUCCAUCAUGGAGAUUUCCAUUAGACAAAGUUUCUAAUAGAGUGACUGGACCUGAUAUGAAAACAGUUGCCUUAUUAUUAGUAGAACUUGUAUCUCCAGAUGUGAUGUUCAAUGGACUUCCUUGGCCUGAUGAAGAUUUUCUUAAGGUAACAAUCGAAAGGGAUUUACAUAUUAAGCGAAAAUUUGAUGAACAUCCGGUUUUAUGGGAUCUUCUGUUUCUCAUAGCCUCAGCUCAUCCUUCUCUCUGUUAUUGCAGUGUUCUCCUUCGAGCAAUAAUGGCCGUGUUGAUCACACACUGGGGAAGUUGCCAAGAGAAAAAAACAAGUAACAGUCCAAAACAAUUAGAAAUUACUCAAAGAUUAAUAGAUGUUAUGGCAAUAGGACAAAUACUUCCACCUCCUCUAGCUUACAUUGGUGAAAUUCUUCAAUCAAUUACACCAUUUGAAAUGUUUUGUUUAUUAUCAGAUAUCUGGCAAUAUAUGAAGGAUAAUGUGCCUAGUCCAGCUCUAUUUACACUUACUAAAAAUGGAAGAAUGUGGAGAGAUUUUUCUCAAAAUGUUAGUGAAAUGAAAUCAGAGUCAAAAAUUAAACUUAUUUGUGAGAAGAAAUAUACAGACAGACUCAGAUUUAUAAUGCAAGCCAAUAUUGAAAAGUUUGGGAGCAUUUAUCCAAAAUUUUUUCCUUCAGAAUGAAUUCAAAUCAGAAAAAAUUGAUUGUAUACCAAUUGCUAUUUAGUAAUAAUAAAUAUCAACGUUUAAUUAUAACCUUUAUUAUAAAGCUAUUUGUCAUUAUUAUAAUAUUAAUUUUUUUUUAUAAUUCUUAGAAGAUGAUAAUUUUUGAAGCAGUUCCUCUCUUGAAUUUGACAUACCAUUUCUUGUCUAUUGAUUUAGAAUUUUUAUAUGUAUUACAUUCAAUGCCAGAUUGCUCACUAUAAAUGUGAGACAUUAACCUAAGGACCCUGAAAUUCGAAAAUAAAACAAUUUUACCAUUGCAAUUGUAUAUCAUAAUUGUAAAUAACUCUAUAUGAAAUAAUGUAAAAACAUAGUAUGGAGUUCACGCCAACACACUUACUUGACAGAAAAAGACUAAGUCAACAAAAGAUUGUGUUAAAAAACUUUUUUAAUUCCUUUGCUAGCGCUUUCGAAAUUAGUAUAAAUAUUGUUGUCAGGCAAAUGAAAUGGAAGACUUUUUCCGAACAAAACAUUUGAAGUACAGUACAGAAUUAGAACAUAAAUCAAACUGAAUGCAAACUUUUUUCUAUGAAGUUUGUAUUCAGUUCUCUUCUCACAAAGUUAAUCAGAAACAAACACAAGGGUUUAGUGGAGGUUGAGCUUAAGUUAUAUGUAGCCCAUCUACACUUUGCCAAAUUCUAUGAUUCGGUGUCUCUCCAUGAUCAGCUUGGAAAACUGCACAGUAUUGCCUCGGGUUUGGCAUGAGCAAUAAAGAUAAAACUGAACAAGAAAUUCCAGUGACUCCUUCAAUCUACAUGAAAACAACGCAACAAGGUAUUGCUGGUUCCCUUCUACAAUUAUACAGGGAAAUGUUUUCCUUCCAAAAUUUGUUGUAUGUUACAACAGUAAGUUCAUCCCCCCUCCUCAUGGUUCAGGCAUCUUGGAGUUAGUUCCAGUGUCCCUGGUGACACUCAGGAACUGUCAAGCAGGGUCCAAGUACCCACAAAUGGAACUCUCAGUUAUCUUGACACUAGCCACUGUGAAACAACCUGCCAUCAUUUGCCAAAAAUCAAACGAGCGGCCAAACUAUGAACUGUUACUUGUCCGCUGCCAAUACGAAGCUCAUAAUUUCAGACAAGGAUAAAAAGCUCAUGCUAUGCGAGGAAGAGGACUUUCUUCACAGAGCUGCCGAAUUCCUGGAAUUCCAAUCUCAUGCUGUGAUUCUAUGAGAGGAUCUAAUGCCAGCUGUUUUAAGGAAGACAAGAAAAAUAGUGUCUCUUUCAGGGUGCUUGGAACCUCCCUCCUAUGUUACUUGCCCCAGGCUAUUCCUUGAGGCUAAGACACAAAACAGGCUGGCCCUUGAGGCUGCUGGUUAAUAAGAGGUCCCACCCCACCUACCACCUAGUAAAAGCCUUGCCAAGCUGUUUGGUGGGCUUCUUCCUUCUUUCCCUUAUGCAAGGAAGAAGCCCACCAUCCAUCAAGGCUAAGGUGACAAUAACUGCAACCCUUGGUACUUUGUCCCCAAGUGCUUACAACCCAUAUAAAAUGGACAUCGUCGCAUUAUAUCCUUCUGUGCCUCACUUUGAUGCAGUCAUGCACACUAACUCGUUACUCAUCAAAGGUUUUACUGCACAACAAGUUCUUGAGAUGUAUGAGGCUUUGCUCUUUAUCAUGGAGAUAAUUACUUCUGUUUUAAUGAGAAGAUAUACCUUCAAAAACAGGGUGUCCCAAUGGGUUUGCCAUUGUCUCCUGUCCUAGCAGAAUUAAUUACGGGAAACAUCAAACACAGAGUUUUUGACUUCCCACUUUUCAUAGCUUACCUAGUGUUAUAUCUGAGGUAUGUAGAUGACAUCCUGUUAGCAUGGCAUGACACAGAGGAUGCAUUUCUAGCAUUAGAAUCAUGUCUCACUACUGUAUACUCCAUGAAUUUCACAAUUUGGGAAAAAUCUCGUUUUUAGAUCUAGACAUCUCCAGGUCACAGGAGGGCUUGGUUUUAUCUGUUUUCCACAAAUUUGGCAGUAUUCCUCCUGUAAUCCUUGCCACAGCAUUCCAACCUCUGCAAUAUGUCAAUGUAGCCAUAGCUCCCCUUAUUAGAAAGGUAUUCCUAAUACUUUCUAAUCAAUCUAUUACCAAUAUCAAACUUGAUUCCAUCUGGUCAGCAUUAUGUGCAGCAGGCCAACUAUUGCCAAAUACAACCAUAUCCUAAAGAGGGUCAAAAGGUCACUCUUCCCCACUACCAGCUUGCAGAACCCAAAGGAAUGAACUCUAGUCCAUCCUUCUCUACCGUAUUGUGGGCAACUGUCAGCCUGUAUAUCCCGUAUCUUCACACAAAAUUCCCUGUAUUUACCUAUCUCACCAUGCCCUACUUUAUAGAGACUUUUAUGCAAUGAUAGAGAUGCACUUUCUCACUGGGAAAAGUCAGGUGUAUAUUCAGUUCCGUUAGAAAAUACAACUGGAACACACACCUGCUACAUAGGGGCUACCACCAGAAUGCUGUUCUCUCAAUUAGCAGAACACCAGCAUUCCAUGGCACAGGGAAGGUGUGACACUGAAUUGUCCAAAAUGGUCGUACAACAUAGCUAUACUCCACUUUGGGA